CUUAAUCUCUUAACUACCCACAUUCAGAAGCAGCCCCCAUCGUCUUCCCAUCUUCACUCUCAGCUCAAAAAUCUCCACCGAUCUCUGCAUCAAUUAGCAAACAAACAGCUAAAAUUCAAUACCCAAUUGCUAACCCAACUCAAAGACGUCGCCUACGAUGCCAGCGAGCUCGUCGACGACCUCGAAUACGAAGCGCUGCGUCAAGAAGUUGAAGAGUUCAACAGAUUGAACCCAAAUAAGCCCAUCACUGGCCCCUCCAUUUCUCAAUUUACAGGUUUGCAAACUGGGGAUCCCCAUACUAGUAAUCGAGGAGGAGGAGGAGUACCUGCUCUUGAUUCAGUUGAUGCCCAAGAUGUUUCUUGUAGUGGUGCCAUUGAAGAUAGGAUAGCCAUAAUUGUAGAGAAAAUGGAUUAUUUUGCUGCUAUUUUAGAGGGUACAAUUGAUCAGGAUAACAAUAAUGAGGUUGUUAACCCUGUGAUCACUGGAGAUGUAUGUGCUGCCAACAAUAUUGUUGAUUACCGGCCCAGAAGAUCGCUAAAAUGGUGAUUUUGGGGGCGAAUUCGAGGGAAGCUCUGGGGACGAAGUCUGGGCCGAUCGAAAGAACAAAAUUUGUGGCAAGGAGCAUUUGGGGUGAGCAUGAUCCUUCUCUGUUCCCUAAAUUUUCUUUUAAUUCAAAGCCCAAUCAAGAUCCUCAGCCCAUUUCUUGGUCCGGUGUGGAGAAAACUAUGGUUCUUUUAACCCUAGGGUUGGGUUAGAACCAAUGGUGGGGAUUGAUCCAUCUUGCAGAUCUUUAGAUGAAUUCAAGGCAGAUGUUGAUAAGGGCAAUUGGGUUAGCGUUGUUAAACGAAACCCUAGAUCGCCGCAACUCUUCAAAAGAUCCGCUUCUCCUAAAUUUUUGUCUGCAGAUUUCAUCCGAAGAAAUCGUGUGUUUUCGCUGUCGGGGCUCGAAACACAUGGCGAAAGAUUGCCGUGAUCCAAUGGCGAAAGAUUACCGUGAUCCAACUGUGUGCUUUAAAUGUCAAGAAUUUGGUCAUGAAGCGAGAAAUUGUAGAGUGGGUGUUCAUGGCAGUGAUAGAUCUGAUAGUAGAGGUCAUAGUUAUGGUGGAAGCGGUUUUAACAAUGGAGGGCGUGGUUCUUUUGGUUGUCGUAAUGCUGGAAAUCAAAAUAAUUUUGGGAAUCGGGGUAAUGGUGGCCGAUUUGGGCAAAAUUUUGGGCGAGAUGGUGGUCUUGGUCGUCCUAAUCCAUGGCAAUGGCGUCGGGAAAGAACAACUUCAGCUUUUUCUUCUUCAAGAAAUCAAGAUCAUCAACAGAAUAAAGGUAAAAGGCCUCUAUCUUCUGUAGAGGAAGACAAGCUACAAGAAACUGUUAGUCAGUUUCAAGACCAAGGACCAAGAGACUAUGGAGAUCUGGAGGCUGAAUUGAAAAUUUCAGGUGAACGUCCUCGAUUCUCUUCUGCUAUACUUAAUUUUGAGGGGGAGGUGAGCCCAGGUUUUCAAAAAUUCAGAAAUUUUGCUAUAAUUUCGUUUGUUGAAGGAGGUAAUGUUUCUUUAAAAAUAUUGGAAUUAUAUUUGAGGGCUUAUUUUCCUGUGAAUAAGCACUGGGAUGUGAGACUUUUUACCAAUGGAGAAGUAUUGGUUAAAAUUCAACCAUGGAAGCAGAUGGAGGAUUUGAUAAGGAUGAGAGUUAUAACCUUAAGAUCCUGUAAAAUUAAGCUUCGAAGAUGGAAUGCUUGGGAAGGUAAUGUGGUUGAAAAGAGAAAUUCUCAGGUUUGGAUCAAACUGAAAAGUGUUCCUCCUCACUUGUGGAAUAAAGAAUCUUUUGAAUUGAUGGUAAAGCCUUUUGCUGAUUUGGUUGAACUGGACUCUCUAACAAGUGCUAGUUCUGAAUUUGUGGAUGCUGUUAUGUUGGUUAGAUGUUUAGAGUACAUUGAUAUUCCUAAAAUCUUAAAGAUUUUUUUUUUGGAAAAAAUCAAUACAAUGUUAAGGUCUCUAUUUAGUCUGUUAUGAGAGAAAUUUUUGAAGGAGAAGAAAAAACAGAAAAUGGAUCAGUUAGAAGACAAUUAUCAGAGCUCUUAUAAUGAUAAAUGGUUUAAAGGGAGAAAGGAUAGUGGAACUGUUUCUUCAUCUUUAAAAGAUUCUGAUACAGGUUCAUGGAAUGUUAAACAAAAUUUGAGAAAUAAUCCAUGAGGAUCUCCAGCUGCUAGAUUAUGGAAUGAUGCAAAAAAAAAAAAUUAUCAGAAGCAAAAAUCUGAUUGGGGGGAUUAGGGAGAUAAUUCCUCCAAAACUGUUGGUGAUGAACAAUGUCCAGAGCAAAUUAUGGUAACUGAUAAUGAAGGUUUAUCUGAGCAUUUGAUGGACACAGAAGGUGGAAAAAGUAAAAAUACUAAACUGGAGGAAGUUGUUCCUUUGUCUCCUAUUAAUAUAGAGGACAAUUCAGAGCAAAAAAGAAGAAGCGAAUUUUACAUUUGAAGGUUCAAAAGGCAAGGCUUUAAUGUUUAAUGAAAGUAAUAAUACAGAGAAAUGGUUACCUGUGAUUUUCAACAAUGAUGAGACUCUAGAGAAGGAAGAAGACAUUCCUAUAAUUCAACCUCUGAAUUCCCUACCUCCUGCAGAUCUUAAUUUCAACUCAAAAGUUACUUUUGUCAGGAGAUGCUCCAGGUUUGUGGAUUUGGAAUCUAUGACUGCUUUAGAUAGAGCCACUUCAAGAAUUACAACAAAAAAUGCUGAUAAAAAAACUCCUGGAACUUCUUCAAGUGGGUCAAGUAAAAAUUCUUCUUCUUUGGGUUUUUCUUUUGUUCCUAUUUUGUUUGAUGCUUAUUCUAAUAAGCAAUUGCAAAAUUAUGCAUCUAAACGUGCCAUUUUUCUUGAGCCUCAAGGGGAUUUUGACUUCUUAAAAAAAGUGAGGCAAAUGGAGCAUGAGAGAGCUACUUUUGAGUAGACUCUAAUUUUUGAGUUUGAGGUGUUUUGUUAUAUCAAAAUGUUGGUUACAUAGAAUGUUAGAGGAUUAAGUUUGAGUACUAAAAGAUUUGGAGUUAAAUAUUUUUGUCAAUUGAAUAAGUUUGAAGUUAUAUGUCUGCAAGAAACAAAGUUGAGUUGUGUUGAUGAUAAUAUCUUAAAAAGUUUGGGUGAAAACAUGUUUGAUUGGGUUUAUGUGCCCUUUUCUGGUGCUUCUGGUGGGAUUAUGAUUGGAUGGAAUAACAACAAAUGGAAAAAAUUAUAGGACUCAUCUGGAAAAUAUGUUUUGACUGUUUUAUUACAAAAUAAGAGAGAUGGCUUUGUUUGGAAUAUUUCUUCAGUAUAUGGUCUUCAUUGUAAUAAAGAGAGACUUUUGUUUUGGCAGGAACUCAAGGAUGCUAAAAAUAGUUUUACAGGACCUUGGGUUGUGGUAGGUGGUUUUAAUGUCAUUAUUAAUGCUGCUGAAAGAAAGGGUAAAACUAUUCAUAGGAAGGAUAUGGAGGAAUUUAAUGAUGUAAUUAAUGAGUUGGAAUUGAUUGAUAGUCCAUUACAUGGAAGAAAGUUUACCUGAACAAAUAAGAGAAGAUCUCCUUCCAUGGCUAAACUCGACAGAGUUGAAUCAACUCUGAGUAGGAAGAUGCUUUUCCUUUCUCUAAACAACAAGAUCUUAGUAGUCAAUUAUCUGAUCAUGCUCCCAUUAGUUUUGAUUGUGGAGAUAAUCCAUAAUAUAUCUGCUGCCAAAAAUAUUGUUGGUAAAUUGGGAUUUAUGAGAAAGUGUAUUAAACAAUAGGUUCAUUCUAAUUUUUACAGUGUUAAACAGAAAAAGGAGUUGCUAGAUUAUCUCUUGGAAUGAGAAGUUAUAGAGGAGAAUAUAGAUCUAACUAAUGAUGAGUUGAUUACAAAAAAUGACAUUUCUUCUAGUUAAAUGAGAUUUUAUUUCAAGAGGAACAAAUGUGGAAACAAAGAGCCAAAGCACAUUGGCGUAAAGAAAGUGAUAAUAAUACUGAUUUUUUUAUAAAAUUACCAAUGGUAGGAAAAGGAAUAACUUGAUUUAUUCUAUCACACACAUUGAUGUUGAAGUUUGCUCUGAAGAAGGUAUAGCCCAGAUUGUUUCAAAUCAUUAUAACCAAGGUUUUGGUCAAAAAGUGACUCACAGAUGUCAGUUUGAUUGGAAUUGUAUUUUUCCUUUGGUAGAAUGUGGACCUAAUGAUAUUGAACAACCUUUUUCUGAGGAGGAAGUUCACAAAACUAUUUUUGAUAUGAAUGAGGACAAAUCUUCUGGACCAGAUGGUUUUCCUGCCCUUUUUUUCAAGUUUUUUGGGAAAUUGUGAAAAAGGAUGUUAUGAAAUUUUUGAGGAGUUUUAUGAAGGAAAAUUAGAAAUCAAUAGGCUUAACUAUGCUCAUAUUGUUCUUAUACCAAAAAAAAGUGAGACUAUUACAGUCAAUGACUACAGACCUAUCAGCCUUUUGAAUGUAAUUUAUAAGGUGAUUACUAAAGUGUUGACUAAUAGAUUGAAUUCUAAAUUUGAAUGGCUUAUAGAUCCUGUUUAAUCUGGUUUCAUUAAGAACAGAUUUUUACUUGAUGGUGUGGCUACAGCUUAGGAAAUUAUUAAUGACUGUUUUCAGAAUAAUAAAAGAGGAGGAAUAUUACUAAAGUUAGACUUUGUAAAAGCUUAUGACAUGUUGGACCGGGAUUUUAUCCUGGAUGUUCUGAAAGCUAAGAAGUUUGGUGACAGAUAGAUAAACUGGGUUAAACUUUACUUUAAAGGAGGUGUGUCUGCAAUUAAUAUUAAUGGUAAACCUGGAAGUUGGAUUAUGUCCAAAAAAGGUGUUCGUCAAGGAGAUCCUUUAUCACCUUUGCUUUUUGUUUAGGCAGCUGAUUCUUUUACUAGGAUGUUGAAUAUAGCAAUUUAUGCUCAUCUUAUUGAAGGGUUAGGUCCUGGUAAUAUGAAUGACAAAGUUUGUUGUUUGCAAUAUGCAGACGACACUUUGAUUUUUUGUAAAAAUAACAGAGAACAACUAACAAUGUUGAAACUGAUUCUUUACUGCUUUGAGCUUGUUUCUGGGUUAACGAUAAGCUUUAAUAAAAGUGUUCUUAUUGCGUUGGAGGAUAAUGAACCUCUACAACAGAAUUUGGCCACUAUGCCGAACUGUAAAAGUGAAAAUUUUCCCAUUACUUACCUUGGUGUUCCUUUGAGACCUGAAAAAUUAAAGAAAGAUGAUUGGUCUCCUUUGAUUGAGAAGUUUGAGAGGAGGUUAGCCAUGUGGAAAGGUAAAUCUUUAUUAAGGGGAGGUAGACUAGUUUUAGUUAACCCAGUUCUAUCUUCCAUGCUAAUUUUUUGGCUAUCCUUCUUUUUAUUUCCUUCAUGGAUCAUUGAUAAAAUUGAUAGGAUGAGAAGAAGAUUUUUGUGACUUGGAUAUUUGGAUCAUAAAGGAUGUACUAAUUUGGUUAAAUGGGAAAAAGUAUGUAGACCUAAACAAUUUGGUGGUUUGGGGAUUAUAAAUCUGAAAAUCAUGAAUAAAGUCUUGUUAGGGAAAUGACUUUGAAAAUGGUUUGAUGGAAAGUGUGAUUUGUGGAAACAAAUUAGUUUUUAUAAAUAUUUUGAAAGAAAAAAUUGGACAGAAUAUUUACAUUCUGGGAGAUUACAUUUAUCACAUUUUUGGAGGAAUUUGUUUGUUAAUGUUGAGAGCUUUUUAUGCAGUACGCAAGUGGAGGAAAUCACACUUUAUUUUGGCUUGACAAAUGGUUAGACCCAUAUACCAUUGCAUCUUUAUUUCCAUUUCUUUUUUCUAUCACCUCUUUUCCUUUUGAUUCUAUUAGCAGUAUGAGAAAGAAUGAGAAUAAUAUGUGAGUAUGAGAUGUACAGUUUAGAAGACAGUUAACUGGUAAUUCUGUUUCCCAAUACUUUAAUUUGAUGAAUUUCCUUUAUUCUGUCUGUUUAGAACAAAGGGAAGUUAAGAGAAAAUGAUUGUGAGAUGCUAAAGGAAGUUUCACAGUGAAGUCUUUUUAUCAAUUUCUUAUUGAUGGAGACUUAAGAUUUGAUUGUGCAAAUUUAUGGAAACUUCCCAUUCCUUUAAAGGUGAAAUUCCUUGUCUGGUUAGCUUUAAGGCGUAGUUUAAAUACAAAAGAUGUCCUGGGAAAAAAGGAAUUUAUUUAGAGAUGACUUCAUGUUUAAGUUCUAAAUCAGAUGAAAAUCAUACAUUUUUAUUGAUUGUGAGUUUGUAUACUCAAUCUGGAGGUCAAUUCAAUUCAAAUUGAAUAUUGAGAAAGGCUUUAGACUGAGUUCAUUAAAAGAAGUGUGGAUUAAUUGGGUUGUUGGUGAUGAUGACAUUUGAAAAUUAAAAAGAGAUGUUAUUAUCUGUUCUCUUGUUUGGUGUGUAUGGCAAGAAACGGAAUGAUUUUCUAAUAAAUGGAAGAGGGCUCUUGAGCUUUUGAGCAAAAUUAUGACAUUUUUAACAUUUUAGCUAGGUUCUAAAAGUGUCUCUGCUCGAGCUGCUAGGCUUCAAAAGAGAAGAAGAAAGAGGAAUGAUGAAAGUUUGUAGGUUGUUGGAGUUGCUGGAAGAGAGGAUAGUUCUGCGAACAUGGUGAUUCAGCUGGAAUGACAACUAAUUUCAAAGUUCUUUGUACUGAUUGUGUUUUGGUUUUAAAAACUUGUUUAGAUGUGAUACUUUCUACUAUUUUAGUUUGGUAGUAGUUAAGCUUUUCUCCUUUAUAUGGGGAGAUAUAAAGCUAUGAUCAGGAAUGUGUUUCUUUUUGUUUUGUAACUGUGUUAUGAACUUUAAUACAUAUUCUUGGUUGGGGAUGUGUGCCUCUAUGUAACAACCAGGUUAUGAUUAAUUUAGCUGGUUGGAUUACCAGUUUGGUAAUCCAUCAUUUUUUGCAAAAAAGAAAAUAUUGUUGAUGAAUCAGCACCGCAAGAAGUUAAAGAACUCAUUAGAACAAACACAAAUGAGCCCAUCACUCGCCCUUCAGUAUCUGGGCCUGAUAUUCAAAAUGGCGACGAUGAUGACAUCGCUCAAGUUCCUACCAACCUAAGAGAGGAAAGAGUAGAGGAAAUUUUUUACCUAAAUUGAAGAGCUUGAUUUCUGAAAUUAGUAAAAUGUGCAAGUGCUUUGAUGGCAGGGAUGAUAGGAAGAAAACAAGUACUAUGCCUAAUCAUGAUUCAUCAGACGAUAAAGGAUAAUGAUAUUAUUGUAGUAUGCUUAAAUGGAGUUUUACAUAAGCCCUUGAUCAAUGCGGAGGUAUACUAGGGAGACUACGAGAAAGAGGAACCAGUUAAGAUGUUGUUGGAUCCUGGCGAACAAAAUGUUUGUAUCAUCCCUAUAAUUGGCAAGGAAGGUGUUGGCAAGAGCACUCUUGCUCAUUCUAUCUAUAGUGAUGAAAGAGUACAAAAGUAUUUUCAUAUGAGGGAGUGGAUUUCUGCUUCAGACACUUUUGACAUGAUGAGAAUCACAGGAGAGUGUUGGACUUAAGGUGUAGACCCAAACCUCCAAGCAUGUGAACUCGAGGCAAAGCAAGCGAGCUCGAGGCGACACAGGCGAGCUUGAGGCUGGCGAGCUCCACUCAGGCGAGGUUGAGGCGAGCGAACUCCACAUAGGCGAGCUCGAGCGUGAGCGAGAUCCAGGCAAGCAAGGUCGAGACAGGACAACGACAGCCUGUGGCUAGGGUUUCCCUAUAAAAGGGAAUCCAGAGCACUAGAAUCUUGUGUUGAUCUCUUCCUCUCGCGAUUUUCUCUGACGUUGGAUUCUUCUCAAGCCUUGUGGUGAUUUCUCAAUUUAUUGAGAAGAAUCACUGUAGUGGCGAUUUCUCAUUUAUUGCAGAGAUUUUCAGUUUGAAAUUCUCGUGCUUAGAAAAAGAGAAAGAUUCUCUAUUUGUUCUUUUGAUUGAGAGAUCUCAAAUGUAUUUUGAGAUCUGCUCUUUGCAAAAUUGUAUAUUUCUUUAAGGAAUAAAGAAAUUUACUAUGUGGCUCCUGAGGAUGUAGGCAAGUUUCCCGAACCUCGUAAAUCUUGGUGUAUUUUUUCUAUUGCGUUUUCUUGCUGUUUUAGGGGUUUAGCGUAGCCUUGUAAUUCCCAACAACUGGUAUCAGAGCCUGAAACGAUCUAGAAGAAGUCAGAUUUAAGUGGAAGCAAUGGUCGCAGAUGAAGUAAAUGUGAGAUUAAAGAAGUUUGAUGGAAUAUAUUUUAGAUUUUAGAAGAUGCAGAUAGAGGAUUAUCUAUACCAAAAGAAUCCGUAUCAAUCUUUUUCAGGGAAGAAGCCGGAGUCUAUGAAGGAAGAUGAGUGGAACCUUCUAGACAGAUAAACCCUCGAAGUUAUCAGAUUGACACUAACUCAUAAUGUUACGUUCAACAUAGCGAAGGAGAAGACCACGGCGGGUCUUAUGGCAGCACUCUCAAAUAUGUAUGAGAAACCAUUAGCCGCAAAUAAAAUUUAUUUAAUGAGACAGUUAUUCAAUCUGAAAAUAGCGGAAGGCGAAUCAGUAGCACAACACCUAAAUGAACUCAACAUGGUCACAACACAAUUGAGUUCAGUUAAAUUUGAGUUUGAUGAAGAAGUUCGAGCAUUGAUACUUUUGUCUUCCCUACUAGAAAGUUAGAACACUACAAUCAUGGCUGUGAGUAGCUCGUCGAGAAGUAACAAGUUAAAGUUUCAUAACGUUCGUGAUCUAGUUCUUAGUGAGGAGAUCCGACGGAGAGAGUCGGGUGAAGCUACAACCUCUUCAGUAUUGCAUUCAGAAUCAAGAGGUAGAUUCAAUCAGAGGGAACGGACGAGGUAGAUCAAACCACCAUGGUAGAUGAAAGGACAAAAGGUCCAAAUCCAAGAAUCCUAAUGGCUUGAAGACCAUCGAGUGUUGGAAUUGUGGGAAAACCGAGCAUUACAAAAAUCAGUGCAAGAGUGCACAGAAAGAUAAUGAGGCGAAGACAGAGAUGAAUGUUAAUUCUACCUCAGGGGGAGAUGAUGCAUUGAUAUGCUCUUUAGUGAAUAAGGAGGAAUCUUGGAUGUUAGAUUCGGGAGCAUCGUUUCAUGCUACUUCACAGAAAGAAUUUUUGAAAAGUAUGUCCCCGAAAAUCUUGGAUAUGUAGAUCGUGGUGAUGAUCAAUCAUGUGUUAUCGUAGGCAAAGGUGUAGCGAAAAUUAAGUUGAACGGGUCAGUAUGAGAGCUGAAGGAUGUCAGGCAUAUUCCUGACCUGAGAAAGAACUUAAUCUCAGUACGCCAGCUGGCUGGCGAAUGCUACACUAUGACCUUCCAUGAAGAUGAUUGGAAGAUCUCAAAAGGCGCAAUGACGAUUGCCCGAGGUAAGCAGACUGGUACUCUAUAUAUGACAGCAAGUGCACACUGUUUGAUCUCAGUUGCAGCAGACAAUGAGAUUUCAAAUUUAUGGCACUAGAGACUCGAUCAUAUGAGUGAGAAGGGGAUGAAGAUCAUGCACACAAAAGGAAAACUCCCAGCUCUAAAAUCAGUGGAGAUAGACAUGUGUGAAGAUUGCAUACUUGGAAAGCAGAAGAGAGUUAGUUUUCAGACAAGUGACAGAAUCCUAAAGAAGGAAAAGCUAGAGCUCAUUCACUCAGAUGUUUGGGGACCAAUCAUCAUCGCGCCCAUUGAUGGGAAACACUAUUUCAUGAUUUUUAUCGAUGAUCACUCUCGGAAAGUAUGAGUCUACUUUUUGAAGCACAAGUCAGAAGUGUUUGAAGCUUUUAGGAGAUAAAAAACUAUGGUCGAGAAUGAGAUAAGUUUGAGAAUAAAGAAGCUUAGAACCGACAAUGGUGGUGAGUAUGAAGACACCGGAUUCAAAAAGUUCUGUUAUGAGCACGAGAUCAGAAUGGAGAGAACCGUGUCUGGCACUCUUCAGCAUAAUAGUGUAGCUGAGCGGAUAAACAGAACGUUGAGAGAGAACCAGAAGCAUUCGGAUACAGUCAGGUCUACCGAAACAGUUCUAGGCAGAAGCAGUCAAUACAGUAGUUUACUUGAUCAACCGAGGGCCAUCGAUUCCAUUGAAGCAUAGAAUACCAGAGGAGGUAUGGUGCAGAAAUGAGGUAAAACUCUCACAUCUCAAAGUUUUCGGUUGUGUAGCUUAUGUGCAUAUUAGUGAUCAAGGCAGGAAUAAGCUUGAUCUCAAGUCGAAAAAAUGCACUUUCAUUGGCUAUGGUGAAGAUGAGUUCGGCUACCGUAUUUGGGAUAACGAAAAUAAGAAAGUGAUCCGCAGCAGAGAUGUGAUAUUCAAUGAGAAGGUGAUGUACAAGGACAUGCACAAGACAGAUGCCUUUGACUCAGAGGAGAGCGAGUCAAUAUUUGUAGAUGCAGAUGAUGUCCCAAUUAACUUCUCGAAAGAACCAAAUUCAGCAUGUCCUCAGCCAGCCUAUUGGACAGAACGGUGCGCAGGAGCCCGACGCACCAACUCCGAUAUUGAGAAGAUCUUCUCGGCCUACUAUGCCCAACAUGAGAUAUAUGAACUAUCUAUUGUUAACAGAUGGAGGGGUGUUUGAAAGCUAUGAUGAAGCUUGUCAGAGUGAAGAUGCGAGCAAGUGGGAGCUUGCCAUGAAAGAAGAAAUGAAGUCUCUCAUCUCAAACCAGAUGUUAGAACUAGUUGAGUUGUCCACGCGUAAGAAGACACUCCACAAAAAAUGUGUACUGGAUAAAAGAGAAGCAGGAUGGCUCCAAAAGAUAUAAAGCCCGGUUAGUUGUCAAAGGAUUCCAGUAGAAGAAAUGAAUUGACUACACCGAUAUUUUUGCUCCCAUGGUGAUGCUCAAUACUAUCAGGACAGUGAUGAGUAUUGUAGCUAUUGAAGAUCUUCAUCUCGAGCAGUUAGACGUGAAGAUGACGUUUCUUCACAGAGAUCUAGAAGAGAUAUAUAUGCACCAGUCAGAAGGUUUUCUAGAAGAAAAGAAGAAGAAUCUGGUAUGCAGACUUAAGAAGAGCAUGUAUGGCUUGAAACAGGCCCCAAGACAGUGGUAUAGAAAGUUUGAUUGUUUCAUGCACAAGAAAGGUUUUCAGAAGUACAACGCCGGUCACUAUUGCUACUUCAAAAGAUAUCAGUCCAAUUAUAUCAUCUUACUAUUGUAUGUUGAUUAUAUGUUAGUUGUAGGUGCAGAUAUGAAAGAUAUCAGGAGUUUGAAGUAGCAGUUGUCAAAGGAGUUUGACAUGAAAGAUUUGGGUCCAGCAAAGAAGAUUCUUAGAAUACAAAUCAUGAGAGAUAAAAAGAGAGGUCUCUUACAGUUAUCUCAAACAGAGUACAUCAAUCGUGUUUUGCAGAGAUUCAAUAUGGGCGACGCCAAGCCAGUCAGCACACCUUUAGCCAACCAUUUCGCCUAUCAAAGAAUCAAGCUCCUCAGACGGAAGAAGAGAAAGAGAGUAUGGCUAAGGUCCCCUACGCCUCAGCCAUUGGAAGUUUGAUGUACGUAAUGGUCUGUACGAUAUCAGACAUUGGCCAUGCAAUGGGAGUGGUCAGCCGGUUCAUGUCGAAUCUAGAAAAAACUCAUUGAGAAGCGGUCAAGUGGAUUGUGAGGUAUCUACGAUGCACCACACAAAAGUGUUUGCAUUUUGGUAAGGGAGAAAUGGAAGUGCAAGGGUACGUAGAUGCAAACUUUGGAGGUGAAGUAGAUCACCGAAGAAGCACCACCGGCUAUGUAUUCACUAUUGGAACUAUAACUGUUAGUUGGAUGUCACAGAUACAAAAGAUUGCCACUCUGUCCUACAGAAGCUGAGUACGGUUCAGUGACUAAAGCUAGUAAAGAAAUGAUAUGGCUUUAGGGUUUGUUAACAGAGCUGAGAUUCAAACAGGAGAAGAAUGUUUUGUACAGUGAUAGUCAGAGUACGAUUCACUUGGCUAAGAAUUCAGUAUUUUAUUUUAGAACGAAGCACAUUGGACUUCGUUACCACUUCAUCAGAUCCCUGUUGGAAGAUGACGUGUUAAAACUGGAGAAGAUCCAAGGAAGUAAGAAUCCAGCAGAUAUGUUAACAAAGACUGACCAUUCAAAAACUGCAGUUGUGCGCAACUUCAGUUGGUCUUCAUGCAUAGGCGAUAAGGGCGGAGCCACACUAUAAAAGGGCUUGUUGAUUAUGGUUUGGUGUCCAAGUGGGAGAUUGUUGGACUUGAGGUGUAGACCUAAACCUCCAAGCAGACAAGCUCGAGACAAAGCAGGCGAGCUAGAGGCGACGCAUGCGAGCUUGAGGCAGGCGAGCUCCACUCAGGCGAGGUUGAGGCGAGCGAACUCCACACAGGCGAGCUCGAACGCAGGCGAGAUCCAGGCAGGCGAGGUCGAGACAGGACAACGACAGCCUGUGGCUAGGGGUUCCCUAUAAAAAGGAACCCAUAGCACGAGAAUCUUGUGCUGAUCUCUUCCUCUUGCGAUUUUCUCUGACGACAGAUUCUUCUCAAGCCCUGGAGCGGUGAUUUCUCAAUUUAUUGAGAAGAAUCACUCUAGCGGCGAUUUCUCAAUUUAUUGAGAAGAAUCACUCUAGCGGCGAUUUCUCAUUUAUUGCAGAGAUUUUCAGUUUGAAAAUCUCAUGCUUAGAAAAAGAGAAAGAUUCUCUAUUUGUUCUUUUGAUUGAGAGAUCUCAAGGGUGUUUUGAGAUCUGCUCUUUGCAAGAUUGUAUAUUUCUUUAAGUAAUAAAGAAAUUUACUAUGUGGCUUCCGAGGAUGUAGACAAGUUUCCUGAACCUCGUAAAUCUUGAUGUAUUUUUUUCUAUUGCGUUUUCUUGCUGUUUUAGGGGUUUAGCGUAGCCUCGUAAUUCCCUACAGAGAGCUCGAAGAGUCCCUCUAUUUGAGUGGACCCUUUGAUCAGCUUCAGCUAUUGGACCUCUAGGAGAGUAACUUGAUGGCUGAAUUGAAGGGUAACAGGUUCUUGCUAGUGUUGGAUGAUGUUAGAAGUGAGGAUUGGGCAUUACACUUUGCUGCAAUUGACACUAUGUGAAGGGUAGCAAAAUUUUGUUGACAGCCCGAGAGGAUUGGAUGUUGGAUGAGGAGAGAGAGGAACAAGAUUGUUCUCAAGGGUAUGAGAAGCGAAGAAUUUUGGGCUUUGUUCAAAAAAUGUUCAUUUGGUGAUGAAGAUCCUAAUACGUAUCCAGAUUUAGAGGGCAUUGGCAGAGGAAUAACUGAUAAGUUGCAGAGAUUCCCUCUGGCAGCAAAGUUGGUUGGAGGAGCAUUAAGAGAGAACCUAAAUUGCGAAUACUGGAUGAGCAUUUUACGAAGCGAAUCAUUGGAAUUGGAUAAGGCCUAUGGUGAUCUUAUGCCUUAUGUGAGAUUGAGUUAUCAGCAACUACCUUUGCACCUUCAGCAAUGCUUUGCUUAUUGUUCGGUUUUUCCCAAAGGUUAUGCAUUUGACAUUGACAAACUAAUCCAAAUAUGGAUGGCUCAAGGACUGAUUCUAAUGGAGGAUAAUGGAAAGGAAUACUUUGAUCACUUACUAUCCAGGUCAUUCUUUGAGCAACUACCUUUGCAGUCUAUAUGUUUUGAUGACAUUUUAGUUUAUAGAGGUAGGAAAUUGGAUGGAACUCGAAGAGAUGUCUGCUACUUGUCUCUUUCAUUAUGGGAUGGCCUUAAUUCAGAGUUAGAGUGGAAGAAUCUGCAGACCCUUAUUAUUAACACAAGCAUUCCAUACAGUUUUGAGGUUCUGAAAAUAAUUCAAGUGUUAGAUUUAUCUCACAGUUAUAUGACGCAGUUGCCUGAUUCUAUAGGCGAUCUUAUACAUCUCCGCUACUUGAAUCUCUAUGGAAACUACAUUUGUAGUUUACCCAAAUCAUUGUGCAAGCUUUACCAUCUUCAGUCACUAAUACUGCCUCACAACUUGCCCAAAGGAAUCACAAAUCUAGUCAAUUUGCGUCAUCUCAAUGCAAGCAAGGUAGCAAUUUCAUGGAUAGCUGGAAUUGGUAGACUCGCACAUCUUCAAGGAUUGAAGGUAUUCCAUAUUAGAGGAUUGAAGGUAUUCCAUAUUAGAAGGUUGAAGGGUCAUGACGUAGCACAGUUGAAGGGCAUGAAGGAGCUUCAAGGGUCCCUUUGUAUUAAAUGUCUUGACAAUGUAAAAAGUAAGGAUGAUGUACUUGAAGCCAAGUUAGAGGACAAAAUCCAUAUCAGAGAGCUUCAAAUGAAGUGGAUGAGUUGGAAUCGUAAUCGCAAUCCUGAUACUCACAAGGAUGUACUUGACCACUUAAAGCCGCCUUUAGGUCUCAAAGAGCUUGAAAUUCACUGGUAUAGAGGCCCAAAAUCUCCAAGUUGGUUUGUGAUAGAGUUACUACCAAAUCUAAAAGUCAUAUGUUUUAGAGUCUGUGAAAAGUGGAAGCAACUUCCUCAUUUGUGGCAGCUGCCCUUUCUUGAGGUUCUCAAACUAGAAAACAUGGAUGUUGUAAUCGAAGUAGUUGAAGAGAUGGUAGAAGUGUUUCCAUCCUUGAAAGAGCUGUGGUUAAAAGAGACUUCAAUUACUUUUAAAGGGAUGUCAAUUGACUCAGAGCAAGGACACAAGCUCUUUCCUCGCCUUUGUAAGCUUGCAAUCCAAAAAUUGGAGAGGGUCAAGGGUUUACCUCCCAUUUCUAUGCUUCAAACUCUUGAAGAGCUCGAUGUGAGAAAAUGUCUUGAUCUGGAUGCUGAAAUUUCUGGUUGCUUGAUUAACCUUACUUCUCUUAAGACAUUAAAGAUAUCACUACUUCAACUGACAUCUUUUCCAGGAGAAAUAUUCAAGUGGCUUAAACGGUUAGAGAUUGAUUCUUGUGAGAACCUAACAUCUUGGAUUGCCGAUGAGAAAGAGGAUAGCUCUCCAUCUCUCACCAGUCUAUGCAUUAUUGAUACAUUGCUUCCAACUGGACCGAUACUAAAGUACCUGACAUCUCUUGAAGAAUUGAAAACCGAGCGCUGUUCCAAACUAAAUCCGUUCACUGCUGAGGUACAGAAAUGGUUUAAAGAGCUUACAUCACUUUGUGACCUUAGCAUCAUUGAUUGUAAGAGUCUCAGGUCAUUGCCCAGGAAUCUUCAAUGCCUUCCGUCUAUUGAGAAACUGACUGUAUCAGGUUGCCCUAAUAUAAGAUCACUGCCAUCUGGCUUGCCGAGCUCUUUGAAAAGGCUUGAGAUCUCGAAUUGUAAUCCGGGGUUUGCUGUGCUAUGGCAAGAGGAGAGAGCUCCUGAUUGGGUCAACCAAGUUCCUUACAGAUAUAUAGUUUGAAUGGAAGACCAAGGGGACAUCUUGAGUAAGUCCUUAAUUUCUAUAAGUUUGCUCUAGAUCCUCUAUUUCUUCUCCUUAUUUGACUUGAUUGUGUGUUAUAUUGAUAAACCAGUAACAAUACCUUGAGUUUUUUUUUUCCGUAUAAUGAAGUUACUAGAUUAUCUGUCAUAAGCAUGGACUCUUUUAAGGACAGACUGUCUCAAUUUUAUAGCAUUUUAUUUCAGAUAAUGUAAUAGAUUGGCUCUGGUUAUAAACUGAUAAACUCUUCAUUUUCAGUAUAGCGAGGCUCAUCCUUCUUACAUCUGCAACUUGACUUCUUCUUCUUUUUAUUUUAGUUCAAUUUGGAAUCGGAAAAAACGUACUUACGUCCUAUCUAGUCACCAAAUGGGAGGUUAAAAUGUCUAUAGAAAAGCUUUAUCCUGGUCCUGUAUUAUGGUUUAUCAAUGAAUUUCUUUCAUACAAGGCUGAAAUGUCAAAACUCAACGUUGAAGGAAAAGGAAAGGAAAAUAAUGAAGCAGCUAGCAUGAUAAAUUGUACAGAAAGGACAAGAACUUUAGCCAAGUCAAUGAUAAAUAUAGCUUAUUAUGUUGUUGCAUUUAUGAAAAUGUUCUUUUAGGUUCAGAUAUUCUCUAAAGUUGUUUUCGUUGAUGGUGCAUCUAUUAUACAUUUGUUUAUGCAGAAUUGGAUCUUAUUUCAUCUGAACAAAAUUUUCUUAGGUGUUGGCAUCUGAUAUCUUGAUCAGGGAAUUGACUUCUUCUUAUUCAAUUUUUCCAAAAUGACAUUAUGGUUUUGAAGAUGAGCAAUGAUGGGUUGGUUACAGCAAUUACAGUCAACUAAUAAGCUAUCAUAACCUGUGACAUCUUAUCAAUAAUUUUACUUUCUUGUCAUUCUUGAGUAUUUGUGGUAUAUCUUCCCAUUGGAUAAUUGUUUGCUUCAGAAGACGUGCUGGCUUAUGAUUUCCUAUUUCAUAUUUGGUCACUCAUUGCUUCAAUUUCCAACUCUUUGAUGUCUCGAGCGUAGGAAUAUGAAGGAUUCCCUCUGAAGGUUCCAAUGCAGUGCCUUUGAGAUAUCACAAGUAUGUAAACAACAACAUCCAAGGAGAAUCAAGAAACUGACAACAUUCAUGACAUAAGAGACAUCUGGUCUAGUAACAGCACAGUGGUUUUAUUUGUUCACUGACGUAAUGUAUCAACUUGGAAGAUUUAAUCAAGCUCUGGUUCCAUGUAAGAUUGGGCUAAAUUCCUUCAAGCAAAGGCUUUAUGGAAAAGCUGGCGACUUCUUAUUGAGACAACCAUUGAAAGCGUUCGAAGGUAUUCUUUGCUAGUGCAACUCCCAUGUAAGUAAAAGCUGGCGAUGUGCAUCUCUCUAAUCAAUUAAAGAGGUCAGAGAAUUAGCAACUGGCUGGGUAAUGUGGUUGACCAAAGAGAAUUCCCAUGUACUAAGACGAGAAAGUACCUAGACAACUACUCACUAUAUUCAAAUAUUGCUUUUAUUCUAUCAACUUGCACUGCAUUUGUAAUCAAGAGAAUGAGAGGUCAACUUCCCCUUUUGUUAGGUCUGGGUAACCUAUUCUCUUUAACUAGUGUCGUGCUGCUAUAAUACUGUAGACUGUAUUAGUUUUUCACUGAAUGGAAUGUUAUCAACUAAUAUAAAAAACUUUUGGAAUACAUUUUUAAUCAAGGGAAUGAGAGGUCAACUUACUCUUUCUUUAAGCUAUUCUCUUUAAUUAGUGUCACUAGGAUAAUGUAGUUAUAUUAGUCUUUUCUUGGAGUGGAAUGUUAAUAAAUAGCUAACUAAUAUAAAUGUUUUGAUUGAUUAAAUCUAGUUGCUUAGUGUACUUAACAAUAACAGUAAAGUUAAUUUUAUUCUAGCUACAAAAUGUUCAAUCAUGUAGCUGGGCGAUGAGUCAAUGACUAAACUUUAGAAGUAACACAAGCAUCUUUAUUAUUAUUAAGGUUAGAAUUGUCUUUUCAGGUGGCUUCCUUAUAAUCUCUCUAGUUUUACUUGGUUUUCAUGUUUGGUCUCUCAUUCAUAAGAGAAGUCAUCUCUAUCAAUGAGGCAUGCUGAAACAUUCUCCCUCAUGUUCUAAUUGUUUUUAUUUCUUAGUAUAGCUAAAAAUGAUUAUGUUUUUUGGUUCUUUCAAAGAAUUAUGUAUUGUUGAAGAUGAAUCGGAUAAUUUAACAGAAAAGAUCUAUCAUCCUCUUUCAUUUUUCUGUAGGAUGAGUUCAAUUUCCUGUUGUAUAGUUGGAUGACACUGUGACAAACUUUUAUUAAUUUUUUGAUC